GUGCAUCAUUCACUUGAGCCCAUGCUUGGGUAUGGAUACACUCUGGUGCUAGAUACACAGACCCAUGGCUGACCAAGCUGAACCGCUGAUAAGCUCUUCUGGAGCUACUACAGGUGGCUUGGUAGACCCAGAAACACUCCUCCAAUCUGAUACAACGCUCACUGCCGAGCUGGUUCACCAAUGCCUUUUACCACUAUCCGACUCUGCCGCUCUGGAGCUAUGUCACAAUCUCCUAAUUUCCGGUAGAGUGGACCAUCCAGUACUAGCGCAACAGAUCAUCGAGCUUGGUCAGGCUCGUGGAGAGUCAAGUGUGAGGAAGGUGAACGAGAGAGUCCGUCAAGACUUGAACCUCAUACAGGAUGAAAGUCUCGAUUGGAGUUCCGAAUUGGCCAGGACUACCCUGACGCGGGUACUGGAGAAUGAAACGUCGGAGAACACGUCGGCAAUAGGGUAUGGACAUCUUGUGGACAUGAGACAGAGACUGGCAACAUUCGAGAUACUCGCUCCGCCGAGAUCGAAAUCUUAUGCUCAAGCGAAACCAAAGAAUCAAGGUGGAGAUGUCGGCGCACUUACCGACGUAAUGGAUCUAGACGAUCCAUGGGCUGAGGCAGACACAGAUCAAUCAGAAGGUGAAGUCACCAAAUCAGCAGAUGGUGCGGCAGAGCGCAUUGCAGAGCAGAGCUUGGAAGUCGACGAUCCUUGGGAAUCGGGUUCGACUCAUUCCGCGCAUUCGACUGUAUCACGGGCGAGCGACCGGGAGACAACGGCCCCCACGGCGAUCGACGAGGAUCUUCCAUUUACUCUCGGAAACUUUCUCUCGAUGAGCCUCGUUGAAUCGGCUCAGAGUCUAGCAUCUUCUUGCGAUUUAUCCCACCUGAGUACCUUGUGGAAAAGGCACGGUUUUGCCCUUUGGCCAUGGCGUUACGCCAUCCUCGAUGCUCUCCCACCCUGGUUCAAUCCUCUGGAUAUGGACGAUUCUUCACUGCUUCCGCGAGUGGGGCGUGAUGGCGCUGAAGACGGGCGUCCAGACAGCAAAGCUGUGUCCCUGGAUGAAGCUUUAGCGUACCAAGCGGCCAGCAAAAAAGCAAUGGCAGACCAGACGCAACCUCGCUAUGACCCGCUUUUGAACGAAGAACUCACGUCAUGGUACGUCGAAAAGGUCGAGAGCCUGGACACGUACGGCUUGAUCGAUCUCCAGCUCGCUUGGGUACAGCAAGGAGCGUCCAUGGGAUUAUCAGAUCUCGACGCGUUGGGUGAGGACCUGUCACUGCUAUCGAAGCUAGUCUACGACGCGGACCUGAGCCCCGACGCCGAGAGCAAUUGGACCCUUUCUUCGUGGCGAGAGACGAGCGAGAGGGAUGUCAUUCGGGCCUACCUAUCUAACUCGACCUCGGACAAUAUCGUCUCACAUAUUCGACGUCUCGUUCUCCCUUAUCUCUACGUGUUGGAGUCUAGAGCGGAACGGAGUGGGCAACCGGAUCCGCACUUGGUCGAACGAUCAUUUCAUGACGCUCUGUUGGACCUUCCGCUGAAACUCGCUCUACCUAUCUUUGAGGCGUCCAAAGCGACUGUUCCGUCUUCUGAGCGAUUGAUCAAGAACGACCUGACUGUCGCUCGAUUGGCUUUGGCAUGCUUGUAUGGUUCCGACCAAAAGGACGCAUGGUCAAUCAUGUCUUCGAUAUUUGAAUGUCUGCCUGUCUGGGACAUCUCAAGCUCGGAACGUGAUACUGAAUCAGAUCAAGAAUUGACCUCGACAACUCUCGACUCCAUCGCCUCGUUUGUGCGGCCCAAGAAGGCCGGCGAUCCUUCGCCAAAAGCCAAAGACCUGUUCAUCUUCUUCUCUCCGCUACCUUUCGCGGCAUUAUCUCGAGCUCUCGAUAUUCUGGACGUACACCUGGAAAGCGGAGAGAUUUUGGCGCGGUGGGAUACCCCGGUUCAGCUGAGAUAUCUGCUUCAAUCAGCUGGACACCAUCAAGACCAAAUCGAUCUCGCCGAACGAAUGAUCAGGAGGCAAUCUGAUAGAGGUGCACAAACGGACAGUAAAUGGACUUCACUCUGGACUGAUAUGCUAAAACUCAAUGGAGGGGAAGAUUCGUCGCUCAGGGGUGCAUUCGGGCGAUUGAACACACAAGAAAUGAUGAAGAUUUAUCUCGGAGGGGUGCUGUCUUCUGGAAAGUUCGACACAGCAAGGCGGAUGAUCAAGCAGCUUCAGAACGAACACAAACUCAGUGAUGACACAGUCGAACAAGUCGUCCUCGCGACUUCAAGAGACUUCUAUGACAAUGCAGAGAACGGCAAUAUCCAUACCGGCGCGAUGAAGCUAGCCUACGACUGUCUGUCGGUUCCCGCGUCGAGUCCCGCGAUUGCCGCUCAACGUGAUUUUAUUGAAGCAACGUCCCGAUUAUCAACUUUUGGGAUCCCUUCAACGUCUGGAUCCGGUGUCAUCACUCCUAUCGAGAUACGUCACGCCAAAUCCAAGUUGGAUCUUGUCCGUCGUGUUCUGCAGACUUCGCCUGAUGCAUUCCAGCAUCCUGAUCUGAUUCUUGACCUCUCCGACAAGCUGGGGUACAGGAACGAUAAUCAAGCGAGAAUUCAGGUCCUCGGCAUGCUCGUGGAAUCUGCCGUCAAAGCUGGAGACUUUGAUGCUGCCUUCAAGCAAUGCCAAGACAUGGUGACUUUGUCAAAGAAAAGACCUCGGGCUGCGAAGCCGACUGGGGAUGGAGAGGUCUCAAACUCCGAAACCAUCACAGAUCACCUAUGGAAAUCGUGUCUGCUCGUCGGAUCACAAACGGAUUUCGCAGAGAUCGACAAACGAAUGAUUCUUCUCGGACAAGCUAUCGAUUCUUGUCCCGCAGAAGAGAUUCCCGGUAUUUUGCAGAUUUGGCGUAAAGUCGAAUCGGGACAAAUCAAGCUAGACGAAGCUGCUAAGCGACGUCGUAUAGCUGGUAUCCGAUCAGCCACUGUUUUUGACUCUAAAACAAGCCAGAAUGGCAGUCUGGCCACCAGUCCCGUCGUUGGCGAGGCGAGAGUUUUGGGUAGUCGAACGGCAGCACGAGCAGCGAAAUUAGCAAUGAAUUUUGGGGAACGUCUCCGGCAUGCGGGAGUUAGCGGAGUCAGUCCGACGAUGACUCAUGGACUUGGAAUCGGAAGAACAGCAUCCCCUACCGUCAGCUCAUCAGGAGAAGGAAGGCGAUCGAACGACAGUGAUAGGCCGAGUAUCGGAUCGAUGUUAGACGGCUCGGGACUGGCUGUAGCGCAGGGGGCCGCGGAGGCAGAAAGAGUACGACAGCAAGCUAGGAGAGCCCUGGUCCGAGGUGUUGGCUGGCUGCUCGGCGCCGAUGAGAAGGAGCUUGGCGCCGGGGAGUGAUGCGGAAGCAGAUAUAACGCGUGGCUGCGUAUCAUAUAUUGCCUUCUUGGUCAUCAUCAUGAAUCAUGAAUCAUUCAGCU